UUUGCAUUGAGUUCACAGGGUGAAAAAGCCAGGAAAAUAGCUGGUGGCAUUACAUACCCCAUCACCACUACCUCAAAAGAAACGGUAGCAAGGAGCAUGUGCAUUCCAGAAAGUGAGCCUGAAGAUUCAGAGCAUACGGAUGGGCUCUUCUGAUUCCAAGCAUCCUCUUGUUGUAAAAAUUCUGGAUUCAGUCCAAGGAAGUCCAGCUCCAAAUGUUCCAGUUAAAUUAUAUAAAGCAGCUGCAGAUGGAUCUUGGGAACUGUUAAAUUCAAAACAAACCAAUGAAAAUGGAGAGCUCCGAGAGCUCACAACUAAAGAACAAUUUGUAACAGGGACAUACAAGAUUGAGCUUGAUACAGCCUCUUACUGGAAGAAACUGGGCUUGAACCCCUUCUAUCAACAUGCUGAUGUGGUGUUCACAGCUAAUGAUGCUGGUUAUCGACAUUACUCCAUUGCUACUCUCCUCAGUCCCUUUUCUUACUCAACUACAGCAAUAGUUAGUGAGCCAGUGGAAUAGAAACUGAUAUUAAGCAUGAACAUUUAGAUAUGUAAACUAAAUUUUCCAUAAAUGG